AUCAAACAUCCGGGACACCAAGGAUAAGCAAUCGAGUCUAUCUCAAGUCGAACCAACAGCCAACCAAUCAAGUUACGUUAGGUUGGUCACGUGACGCCGAUGCAGGAAGAAGGUCAACUAGUGGGUUCCCUCCAGAACUGAGCGCGGAUCUCCUUCAUCAGCUCUCCUCCCCGUGCUACCGUGGGUCCGCUAUGGAUGCGAAUGAUGGCGCUUCGGGAAGUCAGUCUGAUGUUAUGCAGUCAGCCAGGCACUUACUGCAGUUACUCGCAUCGACAGGGAGACAACAGGGCAGUGAUAUCGCAAAUCAAGACAUGAGAGAACAGAGGCAGGGAGGUCACCAUGGUGGUAUAGCCUAUCAGCAAGAAAGACCCUCUGUGCAAAUGGAAAUGACCAGGUCCUUCCCAGGUAUUUUUACAAAGUCUCGAGGAAAGAGACGCUUUCCUGCAGCCAAUCUUGUUCCUGCCAAGAAAUUCAAGCCACUUGAAGUGGCCUUCUACUUGCUGCCAAAGCAGUUUGAGAAAACUCCAAAAGAGCAGGAACAAAUCAUCCAUUUGCAGGCAGGGCUGGGUCGUAGGACUGCUCAUCUAGAUGAGAGCACAACACAUGAAGAGUUAUGUGAUGCCCUCAAAGUUUUAUUCCCAAAACUGGGGACAGUUACUGGCGGGUGGCUGCUUUACACAUCCUCAGGUGGAUGGGGUAGCCGAAAACUCUCUCUUGUGGCUCCUGACGACACUGGCUAUACAGGCAAGCUCUUGAAGGCUGCAAGUCGUGGGGGUAAAAAUCUUUACAUCGCCCCUAUUCAAGAAGAGCUUAGCACAAAUUCCCUUCCAUUAACUGACGACGCCUUUAGAAACAUGCCAAAAUCCACAUGUCAAAAGUGUGAAGCAGCAGUUCCCCUUCCACUCCUGACAGAGCACAUCAAGUCUUGUGAUGUUAUUCAUGUUGGCAGUGAUGAUAACCUGAUUAAUGUGGAUAGUGGAGACCCGGAAGAGAGCAAAUCAGCAGAUAUGCAGGAAUGUCCUGUCUGCACAAAAAUGUUUCCCACUGACUUUAUUGAGGCACAUGCUUCUUCAUGUGGGGAAAGUGCAGGAAAUGAAGUGAUGCAUGCAAGCACUGUCAUUAUGGAAGAGCAAGCCGCAAUGCCUGGCCCAUCAGGAACAUGUGCAGCAGUCACAGAUGGCUGGUUAACUGUCAGUGACCCCACCAAGGCCAUAUCUCAGUGUGUGGACAGCUUUCUCCGUAUUCAUGAAGUGGAGACUCCUUUACUUCUCAGCAUGGACAUCAGAAGAAGUCCUGCUGAACAGGAUAUGGCCCUUAUCUCUUUCUACAAGCGACCUAAUGUGGAAUGGGGACGGCCCCUGAAUUGCAGACUUGAAGGUGAUACUGCUAUUGGACAGGGGGUAACUCGCUUUUUUUUGUCAACAUGUAUAGAAAAGCUGAAGUCUGGGUUUUGCAUCAAUUUUGCAAACUCCAAUGUUACACGGCUUUUUGAAGGAGAGCCUGGUCAUCUAGUCCCUUCAGCCUCUCAUUUCCUUGUGGAAAGUGAUAUGUUCUUGGUGGCGGGGAGAAUGCUAGGCCACUCCUUUCUUCAUGGAGGACCAUGCCUGUCGGGAUUCAGCCCUGCUGUUGUUCAUGUCCUUCUUGGUGGAAGUCCUGAAACAGCAACUGUUACACUAGAGGACUGUCCAGACCUGGACAUCAGAGAAACAAUUGCACUUCUUGAAGGGGAAUCCAAACUCUCAGAGGAUACAGUAAGUGUCCAGGAUUUAGCCCAUGCCUGGGACUUCCCUUCCCUGACUGAGAACAACAGGAAAUGGCUUUUUGAAAAACUAUUGAUCCAUGCUGUCAUCGGACGUGUUACGAGACAAAUUAAGCAGCUGAGACGAGGUCUUAAAGAAACCCCAAUGUGGACAGUACUGACUCAAAGACCUGAUACAGUGGCCAUCCUUUUUCCAAAACGGGGAGAAGGAAAUUUCAGCCCCGAGGUACUUCUUCAGCGCAUCACUUGGCCACGUGAGGAUGAGGAUGAUGAGGAUUAUUCAGUUGACACCAAAUGCCGCAUGUCUGGUUAUCUUCGACAAUUCAUUGCUAAUGCAACACUAACUGAAUUGACCAAUCUGGUCAAAUUCUGGACUGGAUGGGAGAUUCUACCAACAAGUCUCUGUGUAGAGGUAGUCAUGGGUAGAUGCCCCACAGCUUCCACCUGCUUCGAGACGUUGCGCAUCCCAGGGCACUACAAGGAUUACGCAUCUUUUAAAAGUGACAUCCUAGCCUGUAUUUACAGUUGCCAGACAGGAUUUGGUCUUGUGUGAGUGACAUCCUAGCCUGUAUUUGCACUUGCCAGACAAGAUUUGCACUAAGGUAUGUUGAUGUGACUUAAGCUUGGUGGAUAUUUAAAGUUUUGUUACGUUUUAAGAGUUGUUAGUUGAACUUUUAUACAUUUCUGUACUUGCCAGACAAGAUGUGCACUGACAUAUGCUGCCAUGAUUUAAGGUUGGUGGAUAUUUAGUUUGUUCAGUUUUAAGAAUUGUAGGUUGAAAUGUUAUGCUUAUCGUCCUUACUUAACCAAUAUGCCUGAUUAGUUAAGGCAUAUUGCAUGUUUUAGACACAUUUGGCACACUUGAAGUUUAUAAUAUUCCUUGUAAACCAUCUCUGCAUUAAAAGAAAUCAUUCAAGCAGUUGUUGGCAGUGAACUUGACUGUAUUGAUUUUAUUUUCUCACUGUUACAAGUGAAUGGCAUGAAAGCCCUUUGCAGUGUUAUAAAACAUCUGUAAACCUCAGCUUUCACAUAAAUUACAUGACAUUUUUGAAGUUUUUUUCUUCAGAGAAUGUAAAACAGAAUAAAUCUAGUCAAAUGAGCCAACUGGAAUAACUUGAAGUUUUAAAAUUACUGCAAUAUCUCCAAGCAAAUAUGUAAACCCCUUUAAGGAGUACAAAGUUAGUUCAAUUUUUCUGUUAACCCAUGUUACUCGAAGUUAUCAUCCAGAUGUUAACACAUCCUCACUAAUUUGAAAACAACUUGCUUAUAAAAACAUCUCAACAUA